UCUCUUAUUAACAAGAGAGAGAAGGUCUCAGUCAAAGAGAGGGGGCUACUGGCUAUCAAAAUUUAGGGUUUUAUUGUUUGGUGCUGAUCCCUCUGUUAGUGGUUUCCAGGGUUUUAUCAGUGUUUUUUGCGGUUAAUUCCAGCAUUAAAAUUUCCUUAAAUAUCCCAUUAUUGGCACUUAUACCGCAAUUAUUCAUCUCUCCUCUCUGAGCUCCAAGUCAACCCUCAAGAAAGCUGCAUUUUUCUAGGGUUUAAUGUGUUUUGGCUCAUAGAGAGAGCUUUUAAGGUCUUCAGGGUUUCAGGGAUUUUUUUGGGGCUUACUAGGUUGUUUUUGGAGAUUUCAAUGGUGGUGGUGGAUGGGGAUUAGCUGUUGUUGUAGAAGAUGCAGAGCUUUAUACCUUCGUAUUCUGUGGCCUAUUCACUUGGCACGGACGAGAGCCACAGCCACUCUCGUGUCCCAGACAACGGCUCAUUUGAUCAUCCUGUUGCUUUUCACUUGGAGGAUGCGGCCCCACUGAGUAGAAAUUCUAUUAAUCCAAAGCCAAUCAGCCAGACUGUCCCCUCUAAGUCUUUACAAUUUGGAAGUUUGAGCAAGCCACUUGUUUCACCGGGUGUGGCUCCUUCACUUGAUAGAGCUGGUUCGCAACGCUUAUCUUCACAAAAGGGGCAGCAACCCAAUCUGGUUUCUCUAUCAAGUGGUCAUCUUGACAACUGGGCGGAGUCCACAAUGGCAGAUGGUAGUCCUCGUACUGAUACAUCUACAGAUGUGGACACAGAUGAUAAGAAUCAAAGGUAUGAAGCAGGUCAUAAUGCUGCUAUAGUCCCAUCUGAUUCCAGUGAUAGAUCCAAGGACAAGAUGGGGGAUCAAAAGACACUUCGUAGACUUGCUCAAAAUCGUGAAGCUGCAAGAAAAAGUCGCCUGAGAAAGAAAGCAUAUGUUCAACAACUAGAAACUAGCCGGCUGAAAUUGCAACAGCUUGAGCAGGAGCUUCAGCGUGCACGCCAGCAAGGGAUAUUCAUUUCUAGUGGAGAUCAAAGUCAUUCUAUGAAUGGAAAUGGGGCCCUGGCUUUUGACAUGGAGUACUCUAGGUGGCUUGAAGAGCAUAAUCGACAAAUUAAUGAAUUGAGGGCAGCUGUUAAUUCUCAUGCUGGAGAUAAUGAGCUCCGUAUUUCAGUAGAUGCUGUAAUGGCUCACUAUGAUGAUAUAUUUAGGCUCAAAGGCACUGCUGCAAAGGCUGAUGUUUUUCACAUGCUUUCUGGAAUGUGGAAGACACCUGCAGAGCGCUGCUUCUUGUGGCUUGGUGGGUUUCGUUCUUCCGAACUCCUCAAGAUACUUGUGCCACAUUUGGAGCCACUAACAGAGCAGCAGUUGAUGGGUAUAUGCAACCUGCAACAAUCGUCUCAACAAGCAGAAGAGGCGCUCUCACAGGGCAUGGAAGCCCUGCAACAGGCGUUGGCUGAGACCCUGGCCACGGGUUCUCUAGGACCAUCUGGGCCAUCAGGGAAUGUGGCCAAUUACAUGGGUCAAAUGGCUGUGGCCAUGGGGAAACUUGGGACUCUUGAGAAUUUCCUGCGCCAGGCUGACAAUCUCCGGCAACAAACUCUCCAACAAUUGCAUCGCAUCCUCACAACUCGUCAAUCUGCACGUGCCCUCCUGGCUAUUAAUGAUUAUUUUUCUCGUCUGAGGGCCCUCAGCUCCUUGUGGCUUGCUCGUCCUCGAGAUUGACCCCCAAAAUCCCCAUUGGUGCUUGCUGGUUUCAUGAGAGAGAGAGAGAGAGAGAGAGAGAGAGAGCAUGGGCAUGGGCCUGCCCAUUGGUGUCCAAAGGCAAUAGGGAAAGGUUUUCUACUUCCCACCUUUGAAUUCCCGUUUGUAUUUGCCGAUGAGAGCGAGAGGGGGGCACAAGCGUGUGUAUUUGUUGUUGAUAGCAAAGGGCUUAUCGCAGCUUUCUCGGUCGUAGUUUCCACUCAAGGCGGGAAAGCUUUGGUGCAAGUAGUGAUCCCUCACUGAGGGUGAAAAUGUGCCUUUCUGCAACGCCGUGUUUUGGCCUGAUAUGGACUCCCUGUAUGUGUGCGUAUAUGGAGAGCAAAUGUUAAAUGUUAUUGGGCUGUACUAAAUCUUCUCAGUUGUGAAAAUGGGAAUCAGAAGGGGCAAAAGGAAUAGUGGUUAUAAAUCCUUGUAGAUUAUGAAAGUUGUAGACUUUUAAUUAUAUUCACUGAAUAUAGGUUGGAAGUUAAGAGAUUUGGCCUUUUAAAAGUAGUAAUGUGCACCUGUGAAGUUGUGCAUAGGUUUAGCAACAGAAAAUUGGACUACUUUUUGUUGGCAGUCAUUGAAUUCCUGAAAAGGAACUAAUGAGGGUCUUUCCAAAUGUGGUUCCUUUCCUAGAAUCCAGUUUGAAGGUGGAUUGGAAUUUGAAAUGUAUUCUGAGACCCUUUGGAUGCA